AUGGCCACAAAAGGCCCCAUACGGCGAAUGCCUUCGAUACCAGCGUCCCUAGAUUUCGUUAUCCCAGACUCUUCCUAUUUGAGGGAAUGGGGUCAGCUUCCUUCUCCGGAUGAGGUUGGCGCGAAAGCCAAAGCCCAACACCUUACCGGAGAAACUCUCAUUUGCAGUAAUAUUUUCGGGACUGAUCUGGAAGGUCCUCAAAGCAAACCCCCGCCCGCGGAAGCUCAACACCUUACCAGAGAUACUCUCAGUUGCAGGAACCAUUUCGAUAUUGAUCUGGAUGGUCCUCAAGGCAAACCCCCGCCCGCGGUUUUUCGAGAUAGAAAUCUUCUCGUUAAAUGGGGGACAGGGGUGAACAUCUCUGAAGCUCAUAGUCUUUUUGCUAUCGGCCAACUCGAUGAUAUCCCCGUACCGCAGAUCUUCGGGUGGUGUGUUGAUAGAGGCGAAACUUUCAUUUAUAUGGAAUAUAUUCAGGGACAAACUCUAGAGCAGGCGUGGGAUUCUAUGGACGAGGAUCAUCGUAUCUCGGUUUGCCAUGAGCUCCGGGAGAUCGUCGAUGCUCUUCGUCAAAUAAAGCAGGACCCUUUAGAUCCAUUUAUCGGCACGAUCUCACGGAUUUAUCCGCUUUACGACAGAGCAUUCGAUACGAAUCACCUAUCGGAAGCAGGUCCUUUUGCUUCUGUUCGGGAAUUCAAUGAUUGGUUUACAUUUCUCUUUCGGCGGAAAAUGCCAGAUCCAUAUUCGGUGCCUAUAGAACCAUUCCGGUCUGACUUGGCUGAUAAUAGCGACAUUAUAUUCACCCACGGUGAUUUGUAUCGUAGCAAUAUUAUGGUAACACCCACUUAUCAUGUUUGUGGCAUCAUUGACUGGGAGCAGUCGGGGUGGCUACCUGCAUAUUGGGAGGCCCGCAAAGCCCAAUAUACAGCCUGGUGGAGAUCAGAAUGGUCGCAACGGUAUUUGCCGUUGAUUAUGGACCAGUUCCCUAGUACCGCGGAUGCAUGGGACUACUAUGUGAUGUCUCUAGGCCCCUAA